AUGGGUUACACGCACUACUACGAGGUCCUCGACUGGGAAUCUCCGGAAUGGAAGGCUGCCUGGCCCCAGCUGGUCAAAGACGCCCAGACGAUAAUCGACGCCGCUGGAGUCGCAGUCUGCGGGGCCACCGAGGAUGAAGAAGUUGUUACGCCUCCAAUUGCAAAUGAGAAGGACGGUAUCUACAUUGGAGGAGUUGAUGAGGAUGCCUACGAGCGAUUCAUACUCGUUCCAAAUUACGAGGAUGUCGGCUCGAGGUUUCAGUUCUGCAAGACGGCUCGCAGGGAGUACGACGUUGUGGUUACUUGUAUUCUACUCCGAGCCAAAAUGCUGGCCCCAAACUCUUUUAAAUUGUCCUCUGAUGGCUCCUGGAGUGAGUGGAAGCCGGCACGGGAUGUUUAUCAACGUAUUUGGCCAGAUGCCUCGGUCGAAUGCCCUUUCAAAGAUGACGAAAGCGAGGUGGACACGGACGCUGAAGUUGAUGAGGACAGUGAAGAUGAAGAGAGCAGCGAAACUGAAGAUGGGAGCGAUGAUGAACUGGAUACCAGGUUGGAUGCAUAA